CUCUCCUUGAACUGUCAAUCACGCGCUUUCUUGCGCGCCUGGCGUUCGGUGGCGCUGCCUGCGAUGCGCUGUGUGCUGAGCGAAACGCGCCGCAUACCAACAGAUCGGAGCCGGAGCGGGCCACUACUUCAGGACAGCUUCAGCCCGGUUCUUCUUAUGCAUUCUCUAAGACAUUCCCCUUCAGGUGAAAGAAGUGUUUGGGGUUGGCUUGUUUUUUGUGGUGAUCGGAUUUUUUGGCACAUUGCGCACGGGAGCAAAUAAAGCGCGCUCUCUGCGACGGGGGGUCAUCAUAAGGAAAAGUGGAUGACGCCGAUGCUUUGGUUUAGUCCCACGUAGAGGCGCUGGAUUGCUAACGAAAGAUUUUUGUGGGCUUUUCUUUUUCCAUUUUUUUCUUUUUUUUGAGAUCUUUGUAAACACAGAAUCCCCGCAGUGACACCGCACAGGAGGAAUAACAAGAGACCCGGCUGCAGAAAAUCAAUCACAACUCCAUCAUGGGCUGCUGUCUCCUGCACAACGCGUUUGCUGUUUUGAUCCUGAUUCUGCUGUCCAAAGGGUCCAGUGUGCACGGAGCUGAAUUCGGACACCUGCCUGACAACAUUACCGUGUUGGAAGGAGACAGCGUCGUUCUGAGAUGUCAAAUAGAUGAGGAGGUGACUCACAAAGCCUGGCUCAACCGCUCCAACAUCCUCUUCACGGGAACAGAUAAGUGGUCGCUGGACAAGCGUGUGAUGCUGGCCAACAGUAACACCAGUGAUUUCUCAAUCCUCAUCAACAAAGUACAAGUAACAGAUGAGGGGCCCUACACCUGCACGUUCCAGGCAAACAACAAGCCCCGUAUUGCCCACGUCUACCUCAUUGUACAAGUGCCGGCCAGAAUCGUAAACAUCUCCAUGGAUGUGUCGGUGAAUGAGGGAGAGAACGUAAACCUCUUCUGCCUGGCAGUGGGCCGGCCUGAGCCCACCGUCACCUGGAAAGACCAGAAAUAUGGGCUUGUCAGUGAUGGGGAGUUUCUAGACAUUACCGAGAUCAAGAGGCAGCAGGCCGAGGACUACGAGUGCAUCACCAACAAUGGAGUGGCUCCACCCCAUAAACGCAAGGUUAAAGUCACAGUUAACUACCCUCCCAUGAUCACAGAUGUGAAGAACAUGCCAGCCCAGCUGGGUAAGACAGCCAUACUGCGCUGCGAGGCCAUGGCAGUCCCCACAGCAUCUUUUGAGUGGUACAGAGAUGACCACAGGCCGGUAGAGAACGACAAUACCCUGAGGAUCAAGAAUGAAAAGACUCGCUCGCUGUUGCUGUUCACCAAUGUGACAGAGAAACACUUUGGCAACUACACCUGCUUUGCCUCAAACCGUCUGGGAGCUUCAAACGCCAGCAUGCUGCUGUUUCGACCGGGUGCAGUGUAUGGAAGAGGGACCGGGAUGAACAUCGGCGCCGGAAUCUGGAUCUGCCUCUCUGUGCUUCUUCUGCUGAAGGUGUAAAGAUAGAGCUCUUCCUGGAAUUACCCCUAAAACCCCAAAGCUCCUGUCUCCCUCCCCCUCUGCAGAAGGAAGAAGGAAAUGAAAUCUUUUAUUACGAACCCAUCACUGUGAACAAAAAGAAUAUGCAUUGUUCCGGGAGAACCAUCCAAUCAUUGCAUCAAACACAAUAACCCUCGAAUCCCAA